AUGUCACUUGACGCCGCUGAAGAUGACCUGGUGCCUCCAAGUCACUCGCCGAUCAAGUCGCCGCGACCCUCCUUUCGAUUUAGCACCCCGAGCAUCUCCUCGUCGUUCGUCCCACCGUCGCACGCCAGCAUUGAUUCACGUCGAUGUGAAAAUGGUUACGCUGACCAAGACGAUGCUUCAUGUCAGACCCCCGGUUCUCUCACACGUAGGCGUGAUGAAGCCAAGAUUCGCAGGGCUCUCAGGCGUAUGAACAGGCGAUGGAUUAUCCCACCACCACCACUUCCUCCUCUUGAUAGAGACGUUGACCUCUUGGCCAUUUCAAAUCUUCCAGCACGUCCAACGUUGUAUCCCGAAAGAGCCGCACAUACAUUAAUCAACAACCAGCCGCUCUCCAGCUUGCCAGCGGCUAUUCGGCGGACAAUCUACCGCUACUGUUUCCCAAAUGAAGCCCGACGGGUCACACUCUCUCCGCGAUUUGCAACUAAGAUUAUCUUUCAGGAAAACGAUCUAGUUUCCCCUUGGGCUGUCCUCGAACAUGUCCAAGGGGGUCUUGAGGCUUGCCGUGCCCUUCGUAAUGACCUUAUGGUCUAUUUCUGGACUGAAUUCCACUUUCUCAUCACUUUGAACACACUUUGCGGCCCGAUAUUUUCUCCGCUAUCACACGUCUGGGUUAAAAGCCGCCUCGAUAUUAUUCAGCAUCUCACAGUGGAAAUCGAUUGCACUAUAUUUGGUGGAUGCUACAUGGAGUCGGCUCCGGAGUCUAACUACAACAUGAAGAAGAUCGAGUUAUUGCUGGUCGACAUUAUCAAAGGCAUUGCUCAGCGUAAGGACAAUUCGACAAUCAGCGAAUUCAAUGUUCUGUGCAGACGCUAUGAUAACUCCUACCCAUAUAUUCAGCAAUCGUUUGUUUAUGAGUUUGGCCCAGAUGCUGUCGUGCAUAUUGGUUACCUUCUCUGUAGUCUCCGAGGCAUUCUCCAGAAGUGUCGACUGGCUGGAUUCGCGCCGACAUACACCAGGGUGCUGCUCUCGGCUCUAUUCUCAGACGGCGAAGAUGAGCCUGAGUAUAUCGUUCCCGAAAAGCCUGCCUGGCCUCCAUUACCUGUUCAGUCAUCCUCCUCAAGCUUCUCGUCUAAUUCUGGAUCGACAUGGACACGGUCGACUCAGUCGACUCAAUCCGCCUCCUCGAAACUAAAAUUGGAGGAAAGACCACCCCGUAACCAUGCCAGAUCGUCUUCAGACUCUUCCAGCUCGUCGAGCUAUGGCGCAACGGUAGCUGUUAGAUUUGAUGAAGAAGACGGCCUCGAUUUGGAUGACCUCCCGCCUUGUGAAGUUGGAGCUCUAAUCCCCACAUGGGCCUGGCAAUACCACAACUCAAUUGCUCCAUUCCCUAAUGAAGAGUCUCUUGCCCCUCUUAGUGAGCAUUCUCGUGUCUUUCGAGAUUACUCCUACCACGACUUGAGAACUCCAGGCUUAGGUCCGGGCAUUCAUCGCUUUAAAAAAUCACCUAUUCCGAUGGUUGUAGAUCCGGACGAAAUGAAUAAAAUCAAUGGACAAGAUCCAGCGUUCCUGCGCGCGUUGAAUUCUCUAGUGGGCUCUCCAGCCAUGGCGCCCGAACCUGAACCACCUGGAACAAGCUCGACCUACCCAAUUCAAGGACAAAGUACGGAGAGCCAGAACCCUGAUUCCACUAGUGCGAGCACCAGCAAUCGUGGGAUCGUGAAACGGAAGUCUAUGAUGUUCCUAGAGAGACUCAGAGGAAAGUCUACUUCUGGGAAUGUCUCUCCUAGAUCCUAG